AAUGGGAGAAACACAAAUUGUCAGAAAUAUUGUAAAUGAUGAAAAUAUAAAUCAACAACAAAAUAGCAAUAAUGAUAGAAGUGAAUUACCUCAAAUUGAAGGGCUUACUGAAGAUCAAGUAGCAGAAUUUAAAGAAGCUUUUGAAUUAUUUGACAAAGACGGGGAUGGAAGGGUAACAGCGGCAGAAUUAGGAAUUGUUAUGAAAUCGCUUGGACAUUCCCCAACAGAUCAAGAAUUGCAAGAAAUGGUUAGGGAAAUUGAUGAAGACGGUAAUGGAAGUAUUGAAUUAAACGAAUUUGUUAAAAUGAUGAGUAGAAAAGUAAAAGAAUCUGAAAGUGAAAAAGAAUUGAGAGAAGCGUUUCAAGUCUUCGAUAAAGAUAAUGAUGGAUUUAUUUCACAUUUUGAAUUACGUUUUGUUAUGCAAAAUUUAGGAGAAGACCUUACAGAUUUUGAAGUUAAAGAAAUGAUUAGAGAAGCUGAUUUGGAUGGUGAUGGAAAAGUUAACUUUAAUGAAUUUGUCUAUAUGAUGAAACAGAAAGUUUGA